GGAAGACCCGGACUUUUCUUCUCCAGAACAUGUUCCUCUGCCGUUAUGCGACUUGUCAACGUCCUCGCUUUAUACCCUACCUACCAGCGUCUUGAACACUCGCGUCUGGGCUCUGACGUAUUCUUUCCCCGUUUCUUACAGAUCCCUAUACCCAGUGGCGCAAUGGCUCAGAUUUAGACAUCUUGUUUGUGGCUUUCAUCAACGACAAGUCUGACCUUGGCAGGUUGGGUGUCCAACAAGCACCAUCACGGUCCAGGAGCCCGGAAGAACUGAGGAUUGGCAGCGUGGAGGACCGAGAGGCAUCGAGGAUCACAUCACGAACCGAUAGCAACGAACACGCAUCUCGCAGGAACAACACGAUAGUUUUCCUGCGCCGCUACUUCCCUCUUGCAAACUUCAAGCUGGACGAGCCAUAAAGACCAUUGAAACCGGCACUCAGUCUCGAAGGACCCACUAACCCGGUCACCUUAUCGGCUCGUCUUGAUGCUCGGGAUGCUCAACUCAAAACCUUGAGCCAAAAACACCAGACAGCUGCGCCGCCCAGCCCAUCCAAAGCCAACGGCUUAAUGCCGCGGGAUGCCCCCCUGCGGCACCCGCCGCCCGUCUAUGUCUUCGACCAACCAACCAACCCUGUCAUCGAGUCCUGGCUAGACGCCCUUCCUCCCUUAGCCAAGGAGCCCUGCCGCCGGGACAUCCAACAAUGGCGCCGCGCGCGAGGCGUCGGAUUAUCAGUCCAUAGGACCUGGUUCAUCUUCUCCAUUAUCAUUCGAGCCAUCUCGACGGCUGUUGCGAUCAUUGCAUGGAGUCUGAACAUGGCGGUAUUUGUUGAAAGUCGGCCGUACUGGGGUGGAGUGCCGGGAAGGAUGAUUGCUGUGCUUGUGGUGGCACCCGUUAUCAUCACUUGGAACACCGCGGAGUUCAUCGCAAUUUGUGUUCGCAAAUCGAGCGGGAUACCAGCCGUGUAUCAUGUCGGGGCUGAUGGGAUUUUGUUUGUGGGCGUCGCGAUAACCACGGGAAUUGUACUGGUCGAUUUGAUCAUUGGAACAGCGACAUUUGGGUCGGCGUAUGAUGAGCCGUUGGCAAAGGGCAUCGUGGAGGUUGCGAUGCUGCUUUUACUGAUGCUCCUCCACUCCUUCCUCUUCUUCAACUACUUCUGCCACAAGCUGGACAGACGCGACUCAAGACCACGCGUAAAGAGGACGGGCCUACCGACAGGAGACCAGGAAGCUGCGGUUGAGGGGGGACAGCCUACAACACAAUUGGAGCCGCCGUUUCGCUACAAGCCUUACGAAUAUUACGCCAAGCAGGAAAUGGAGAUCGCAAGUGUCGGACAACGGCCAAACGAAGGAUUUGUGGUCGACAAGGGUAUAGAGGAUAUGGAACCGACUGUCGCAGGGAGUACGACACCAGCAGCGGGACAGUCAGAGGGCCAGAGAUGGUAUAAGAUACCGGUACUACGGUCGAUGUUUCCACGGCAAAAGCCCGAAACAUACCUCUACGUAUAAGGCGAGAUAUUCACUAUGUAUCCAAAGAUGAGGAGGAAGGACAAGAGUUGGAUCUAUAUCACAAUGAUGCCUUUAAUGACAGAUGACGUUCGGAGCAAUGAAAGAAGGCAGCAACGACAGAGGCAAGGCUUGGAGGAGACGCCCAAAGAAUGACCGCAUACAGCAUGGCCCGAUGUUUAACUCGUAGCUGAGGGUGUCACACCAGUCUGUCCUUGUUGGAUAUUGGAUAGCAAAGAGGGAUUGCUCAACCACUCUAGUAAUGAUGACAAAAGAAGUCUAGACAAUAUAUCGUUACACGGUG